GUGGCGCUGCGGGAUCAAAACAGUUCUGUGGGGAACGCAAAGGCCGGGCCCACGAGCGAGCCAAAGGAGCGAGCGCAUUCCCCACCUCCCCGGAAGACGCAGGGUUCCCUCACACCUAACGGUGGCUUGGGAAGGCAAACACCAUCACUCCAAAUGUCCCCCCCGCCCUUCCUCCUUCUGCCCUAGACUUCUGUGCUGAGGAUGAGGCCCCCAUGGUCUGGGACAUCUCCGGGGUCAGUUGGGGUCAGCUGUCCUGGCUGUGUCCCCUCCCAGCUUGUGCACUCCCAACCUCUGGCUGCUGGGGUGGGCAGAGGAGCAGGGAAGGCCUUGGCUCAGGGCAAACUCUGCUCAGCAGUCACAAAAACAUCACUGAGUUAUCAGCACUGCAUCCAGCAAAAACCCAAACCACAGCCCCACACCAGCUACUGCAAAAAGUAACUCCAUCGCUAUCAAACCAGCACAACCUGCUGCACUGUAUUUUCUGCUUCCCCAGAGAGUGUUUUCAAAGGAAAAAUAAGCAAUUUUCUACGUUUCGUUAACAAUUUUUGGCAAUAAAGAAUCUCUCAGCUGUUGUGUAAAGCAGGCUGGCUGGGCUGCGUUUCUCCAGUUUAUCCUCACUUGUAAUUUCAUAUAACCCAGCUGUGUGGGGAGGCGGCUGAAGAAAGAGACACGGGAGAAAACCCAGUGAAAGAAAGUUAACAUUGUUAUCCCGGCCGCACUGCGAGCCUGCCGUUCCGGACCUUUCCCGCUGCACCGGCCUGCGCAGUAAGACCCGCGGGAGCUCUUCCUGAUUCUCAAGAGCUCUGUCCAGUUUUGCCCAGCCUUCUGAGGUGCAGGAGCUCCGGGAGCCGCCCCGGCGGGCGGGGCCGGGCCGCGGGGGCCGGGCCAGGCGGCUCCCAGCCCGCCGCCGCCAUGCCCAAGGUGGUGUCGCGCUCCGUGGUGUGCUCCGACACCCGCGACCGCGAGGAGUACGACGAUGGGGAGAAGCCGCUGCACGUCUACUACUGCCUGUGCGGGCAGAUGGUGCUGGUGCUCGAUUGCCAGCUGGAGAAGCUGCCGAUGCGACCGCGGGACCGCGCCCGCGUGAUGGACGCGGCCAAGCACGCCCACAAGUUCUGCAACGCCGAGGAGGAGGAGAGCGUCUUCCUGCGCAGACCCGAAGGCAUAGAGCGGCAGUUCAGGAAGAAGUGUGGCAAGUGUGGACUGCUGCUCUUUUACCAACACCAACAGAAAAAUGCUCCUGUGACGUUCAUUGUUGAUGGUGCUGUGGUCAAAUUUGGCCAGGGUUUUGGGAAAACAAACAUAUAUACUCAGAAACAAGAACCUCCUAAAAAGGUGAUGAUGACCAAACGGACCAAAGACAUGGGCAAGUUCAGUUCUGUCACAGUCUCCACAAUUGAUGAAGAGGAGGAGGAGAUUGAAGCGAGGGAGAUCGCAGACUCGUAUGCACAGAAUGCAAAAGUGAUUGAGAAGCAGCUGGAACGCAAAGGCAUGAGCAAGAAAAGGCUACAAGAGUUGGCUGAGUUGGAAGCCAAGAAAGCCAAGAUGAAAGGAACCCUGAUUGAUAACCAGUUCAAAUGAAAUUCUGUGUAUCUGCUGGGUAUUUGGAGACAGGAGAAAACUACCAAGAGCUAUCACAGUUCUGUCAACAAAACAGAAGUAACAGACAGUGUUCAAGAGUUGCACUGUGCUGCAGCCAGCUCGGAGGAUGAGAACCUCUCUGGAUCCCUCUGUAUAAGUGAUACUCUGGGUACCAGUCUUAACUCCAACAGCAUUGGAGACUUUGUUCAAACUGCAGUUCUCUACAGACCCAAUGUUAUGAGCAGGCUGUUCCAGGUAGAAUAUUUACUUUCAAGAAAAUCUUUUCUUGGUGCCUGCCCAAGGUCACCUUUAGAUACCUGUCUUUUUAUUUUGUAGUUUUCAAAUGUGUUUCCUUGAAUACAUUAGGACAACAGGUCCAAAAAUGAAAUCCUUACAAAAGUAAGCUCUAUGCCUGUUGUUCAUUUUGUUAUUUUAAACUUGUACAGAAGGUGCAGCAGCCUGAGCCAUGCCACUCCAACAUGGUCUGGGAUGCAAGGAUUGGGCAUGGUGCUGCUGCUCACCCUGACCUGCCAACACAGACUGGGCUGCUGCACUGCAGUCUUAGCUCCUGCUGAACUUCACAAGGCUGCAGUUGUACAGAAUUACACUGUCACAACGGAUACAUAUCAGAGUGUAAAAUCCAAGCCUGUUUUAAACUACUGUAAAUAAAACCUGCUACUCAUGAGUUCAAAUACAUCGUUGGAAGUUACUGAUACAGCCAGUGAUCAUUAAAGAAUACAACUGCACAUCUGAAGUAGCCCAUUGGGCAAAACAGUAUCGGUAUUUGGAGUUGUGAAAUGUGAAGGAAAAAUUGUUUUGAAUGUACUGACCACUCAGGCCUUGAAUAGACAACAUUACACACCAGUUUUUAAAUGCUGUUUGGGUAAUGGUACUUGGUGCCUCUUUCGUGAUGUAAUAACAGUGCUCUGUAGCCCAUGUCUUCAUUGCUCUACAUUGGAUUAAAUAUCAUGUUAGAUUUGAACUAGAAA